GCGGUCCUUAAAUCCCUGACCUAAUUUUUGCUUAAAAAAAAGACAUUUUUUUUCUCUUUUGCAACUCCACCACUCGUACGCCAUUGCCACUACUCCGUCACCACCGCCGCUGCUCCACCACCGCCGCCGCCCCACUCCCGCCGCCGCUGCUCUUUCUCAGUUAUCAUGGAAAGAAGUUUCCAAGAUGGAGAUAUAUUGAAAUUUUUAGAAGACAGAAUUCAAUUUCACAAUGAGUUGAAGCAUACGAUAUGGAAUAUUGAUGGCCAGUAUAUAGAGGAUAGAGGUGAUGGCAUUGAUGUAACCGGUACUGGUUUUUGUGUUCAUCCACAUGGAUACAUUCUGACUUGCUCUCAUUGUGCUGCCGACAUGAUUCAAGUUGCCAAUUUUCAGACCAGUGUUGUGCACCCUGCUAAAAUUGUUGGAAGAUCCCAUAAGCAUGAUCUGGCACUUCUAUUAUGUGAGCUGGAGUCGGAUGUUAUUCCGUGUUUUGAUUACGUCAAGUUUCCGGAUGAACGUGAUCAAUUAUUUGUGGGGGAGGAAGUUCAUUCGAUUGGACAUCCGAGUUCACUGAUAGGGUCUCUUAUGAGCGGGAUGAUAGUAUAUCCCUGUAGUGAAGAUUAUCUCUGUAGGACUCUUGAAAAUGUUCAAUUAACCCUCCUGUAUCCUACCCUGAAUCCGAAAAUGCCAAUUAUUCAAAUUAGCAAUUAUUUUGCUACAGCUGGAGCUUCUGGUUCACCUAUUUUUGACAAUACUGGAUGUGUUGUUGGCAUGCUCAUUGCGCUUCACAAACAUCACAACUUAGGAGUCCAUUUCAAAAUCUUGAGCCAAUUUAUUAAAGAAAAUCUUCAUGGAUCAGAAGGGUCACAGAAAAGAAGAGGUAGAAAGUGGAGAAAAAGAAACUAAUUUGGCUUUUAGAUUUCUUCCGCUGCAUGAUGGUACCAAAGAGGCACAUUUGGAUUCCAGGGGAUAACAUGUAUGCUUCCCGUGAUUCACUGCAUUUUGGUUGUGUACCAUGUGGUCUAUUUCAGGACAGAGCUUUUGUGAGGGUAAAUGUUUUUCUGUUUUUUUAUUAUAAGCUUGUCACCUGUUUUUGGUUGUAAUGUCAUCAUACUUUCUCUAGCCUAUCUUCUGUCUCAAUGUUUUCUUCUUAGAUUUUGCAUUCUCUAUGAAUAUGAUCUGAAGGGAAGUGAUUAUGAAACGAUUGUUAAAGUUUACUGCACGAAAUGGUAGAAUUAGAUGUCGUGUA